AUGAAUCCUCCCACAGCACCAAACCCGGCCGGAGACGCGGGUGUUCUCCCAGAGUUCAACAGCCUCAGCCUCCAGGACGCACCAUCUCCACCAGUAAACGAUGAUGAGCUCGACGUACUCAACAUGUCACGCGAGACGGCCAUGAAGUUGAUUGCACGCUCCAUCAUCGCCAUAGCAAACGCCGCCGGCGACGUGCCAGCCACGCCACCGCUGUCGCGACCCGCAACACCAGGCGGCCGGGAGACCCAGGUCAUUCGACAGCACCGAAGAACCUCUUCUAGACCCGCCACGCCCAUACCCGCCGAAAAGGAAAGCCAUCAGCCUACAGAACUAGCUCCGCCAGAAGCGAGCCACGACGAGCCCGUCACCAUCCACGACAUCGGCGCCGGAGCCCAGCCCGAAGCGGUGCAACGCGCCAACAUGGCGAGGAAAUUCUUCUCCAAGACGGUGCCAAAGGUGGGCGUGGAAGAGUACAUGAAUCGCAUUCAGAAAUUUUGCCCGUUAUCGACUGCAGUCUGGCUAGCGGCUGGAUCCUACAUGCUGCGCCUGUGCGUUAUCGAUAGGAGCGUCCCACUGACCUAUCGCACCAUGCACCGGCUUAUCCUGGCCUGUGCACUGGUGGCGAUGAAGGCGCUCGAGGAUCACCGAUGGCCUCAGAAGCGCUUUGCGGCUGUAGGCGGCGUCGACGAGGCUGCGCUCAGCCGUCUGGAGCUGUGUGUCGAGUUCCUGCUGUCGUUUGAUGUCCAGAUCUUCACUCCAGAGAAGCUCCGGGAACUGACACUGCAGCUGCAAAAGGCGGGUCAGGCUGCCACCAUGACGUGCCGGUUGCCAACAACUUUUAACCUUCGAUUGGGUACCCCCAAGAUGCGUAAUGCGCAGGUAGCGUGA